CAAUGUAUUGAAAUGUAUUAAUGUCGUUGCCUCUCUGAAUAUAACUAUUUAAUUAUUUUCUGACUGAUUUGAAUUGUUUUACGGAAAAACAGAACUUUGACCUAUGACGUGAGAGAUAAAAACAACAGAGAUGACCUCUCUCCCCGGCUAGCCUCACUCACUCACCUCACACUUCUGGCUGACAAAUCACCCAUUUAUGAUAUAAUCACGAUCAGAUGAAAUGGAUCAAACCAAACAGGAUGACGACUAUGGAUACAACCUUUUCCCUGACAGAAACACCGCAAAAUCCAAGAAGGCUUUCAUUACUCAAAGCCUGUUCACAUUCAAUCACAAGUGCCAGGUCAUGUUACAGUUCGCGAUGGAAACCAGUCCAUAUGCAAAGCUGCUUCUUAGUGCCAUGAAAAGUUCUGGAUGUACAGUAUAUAAAGACCGGCACUUUUCCUGUGAGGAUUGCGACGGAAGUGUCAGUGGUGGCUUUGACGCAAAUUCGUCUCAAAUCGUUCUGUGUCAGAACAACAUUCACCAGCAGGCCCAUAUGAACCGAGUGGUGACCCACGAGCUCAUCCACGCCUUCGACCACUGCCGAGCCCACGUGGACUGGUUCAACAACUACCGGCACUUGGCCUGCUCCGAGAUCCGUGCAGCUAACCUCAGUGGAGACUGCUCCUUCAGCAGUGAGAUUAACAGGUUUAACUUUGGCUUGAAGAACCACCGCCAGGAGUGCGUCCGGGGCCGCGCCCUGCGCUCCAUCCUCGCCGUCCGGAAGAUCAGCCACGAGGAGGCGGGCAAGAUCGUGGACGAGGUGUUCGACAGCUGCUUCAACGACACCGCCCCCUUCGGCCGCAUCCCCCACACCAACAAGGACGCCAAGUUCGCCACCAGGCACUACGAGAGCCGAGACCGAUACCACGCUAACGUCUAACGUCUAACGCUAACGCCGCCGCGGCGCGCUAAUUUUAACACAUUCUCCGAGGGUGCUUUGUACAAAGAGACGCUAAGAGGGGAGGUCGGCGAGGCGGGAAGAGGCCCGGUGGAGGGCACCGUUGACGGAGGGGGCGGUUGGAAGAGGCAGUCUGAAGGGUAAAGAUGUGUUGGGGAGGAGGGGGGGGGGGGGGGGAUUCCUCUUAAAGGGGUUUUUGUCACCAGGUUUUAACGUUGAGUGAGGCUAAUAUUGGAACAGAGCCGUGUCAGGCCGCCCCAGCUCAAGUUCUCAGAUAUUUGUGAUUGUCUUUUAUUGCUGCAUUAUUUUUUGCUCCUCCUCCAGUGACAACAUUGACUUUCCUGUAAAUAGAGCAGAUUUAUGUAAGUUAAAUAUUGAUUUAUAUGAUUUUUUUUUUUUUCAUUAAUUUCGCCCCCCCCCCCACCCGAUUUGGUUGAGUUGGCCGUGCACAUAUGAUUUGUGCACACCUUCCAAUGCGUUUUCAAGAUUAAAGUGAAGGUUUUACCAAAACGAAAC